AUGAUUUGGAAUUUNAUUAUUAGCCAAAACCUUAUUAAUAAAUAUUCCUAUUUCAAAUAAUUAGAUAAAUUAUACUAGAUUUAAGAUAUUAAGUGGGAUUUUACUAUUGAAUCAAGAAAGCUUCACAUUAUUUUUAUGACUCUAUCUUAUCAUUAAGCUCAUCCCCAUGAUAUUAUCUCAAGGAUUUAAGAUGUUCAAUAAUUUCCCUAUUAAUUAUUAUUGCUACUUCAUAUUGAUAUUAAAGAUGAAUUCAAUUAUCUUAUAGAUCUAUAAAUGACUUUAAUACCUCAAAAAUGUAAAUUAAUCAUCUUAUGGACUCAAAAUGAAGUUAUAGAUUUUUUUAAAAGAACAGCUGAAUUAAAAUGA